AUGAAGAUAUUUCUAUUUUUAUUUUUAUUUUUAUUAUUAAACUCUGUAUUAUUAAUAAAAGCUCAAUCAAUAAAAAUAUAUGAUCUAUCAUCAUCAUUUGACGAACAAAAUAAAUAUCCAAAUUCAUCGGAAUUAUCAACUUGUAAUUUCAUUUUUAAUUUCCUAUCAGUUGAUGAUUUAAAAACUGGUAUUCCUUUCAAUUAUAGUUCAAAUACACCACUUGCAGUAUUCAAAGGAUCAAAAAUAAAUAAUAGUAGUUCAGAAAUCAAUAGCUUUGAAUUUUUAGGAGCAGAUUAUGGUUAUUAUGAAUUUACAAUAAUUGUAACAGCAGGAAGUAAAAGUAGUACUUUUGUUUAUAAAUUUUCAUGUUUAGUAGUUGGUAGUAAUCAAGAAUUUAAUCCAUAUAAUACUUUUCCAUGGAUAUUAAAAUUUGAAAGUUUAAAUGUUUCAUUAAAUAAAAUUAAGUUUAUUGAAUUAGAUAUAAAGUAUUCAAAGAUUGGUAGAAAUACAUUUGCUAUCUCAAGUUCAUUAGUACAAACAAAUCCUAAAAGCAUUACUAUUGAUUUUGCAUCAGGACAAUUACAUAUAAAAUUAGAAUCAAUUUUUUUAAAUUAUAAUAUAAAUAGACAUAUAAAUAUAGCUUUAUACCCGAAUUCAAAUUCAAUAAUUGAAGAAAAAGGGAUAGGGUAUGGACCAUUAUUUAAAAUUAAUUCAAGUAGUUUAUUUCCAUAUUAUAAUAUACACAAUCCAAAUUCCCCAAAUUUUCAAAAUACUAUAUCACCAAUAUAUGGAUAUCCUGGACAAUAUACAUUCAUUGGUCAAAUAAGGAAUUCGGAUAAUGGUGAAAACCUUACUUUAAAAACUUUAAAUGGUACUUCUUUUAUUGAUAUUUCAACUAUAAAAUUAAAUUUUAAAGAAAAAAAACAAGAUUCAUUUGGAACACCAUCAAGUAUUGGUUAUUCUCAAAUAAAUCCAACAUUUUUUACAAUUUCAUUUAGAAGUAUUUCAAAAUUUAAACAUUCAACAAAUGAUUAUUAUUUAAAUGGUUUAAAAGUAAUUUCUUCAUCAUUCCCAUUUGGCUUUGCAAAUGGAUCAAAUGAAUCUUUUAAUUAUGAAGCUUCAUUUUCAUUUCCACCAUUAACUUUAUCACCAUUACAAUUUCAAAUUAAUUCUGAACCUAUAAAGUUUAUUAAUACAAUUGGUAAUUCAGGUUCAAAUUUUCAAAAAAUUUUAUCAUAUGAAAUAAAUCAUUUAUUUGAAUUUAAAUAUUUAAUCAAAAUAACUACAGAUGCAUCAUUGAAUAAUCUUCCAGGUUAUAUUAAAAUUAAUGAAGUUUAUUAUUUUGGAUUAGAAAAAUGUACAUCUAAUGAAAUUAAUAAUACAACUUUUGAAAUUAUUGUAGAUUUUUUAUUUGGAUCUUUAGAUGAAGAUGGUGGUGGUGGUGGUAUUGAAAUUUCUGGUACAAAUGGAAAGAAAUCAUUAUAUACAACAUCAUCAUUUUAUUCAAUUUCUCCACCUUUAAAAAUCAAUUAUCCUUUUAAUUUUGAUAUUGAUAUUCAAAAUAUUCGAAAUAUUAAAUUUUUAUUUAAUAAUAUUAAUGUUAAAAAUAAAAAAAGAGCAAAUGUAAUGUAUUUCAAUUAUACAGGUUCAAAUAUAAUAACGAAUAAUCAAAUAACAUUUGCAUUACAUUUAAGUGAUAGAACAUCAUAUAUUCCAGGUGAACCAUUAAAAGAUAAUAAAUUUUAUUAUUCUAAAUGGAAUUCAACUAUUAAAAUGUUUCAAAUUGAAUUUUUUAUAAAUGCAAAUUCAAUGAGUGGAAUUCUUCCUUGGUUCCUAACAAAUGGUAAUCAAAAUAGUUUACAAAUUAGUAAUUCAUUUUUUCCUUUAGAAAAUCAAUUAAUAAUUUUAAAUACAAGUUAUGAUGGAUAUGGUCCAAUUAUUACAUCAAUUCAACAAAGGAAUAUUUCACAUUCACUAAUUGUAAUAUUUGAAAUUGAAGAUUUAAUUAAUGGAUUUAGUCAUGGUGAUUUUAUAAUAAGAGGAGAAGUUGAUAAUUCAAUUUAUAAAUUUCAAUUAACAGAAUUUAAUAGAGUAUUUGGUACAAAUAAGAUUGGUAUAUAUGAACAUACGUUAUUAAUAAGGAGUAAUAAUUUGAAAUGUUUUAACCAAACAUAUGUAAUUAGUGAUGUUAUUUUAUAUGAUAGUCAUGGUAAUAGAGCCGUAUUUCAAGAAUGGAAUAAAGAUGGUGGUUAUUAUUCAACUACAAAUCCAUUUAUAAAUUAUUUAUCAAAUCCAAAUGUAUUUAAAUUUUCAUAUGAUUGUGGUGACUAUAUCGAUUUAACACCACCUGAACUUUUAUCAUUCUCAAUUGAGAAAUCAUCCUCACAACAAAAUCAAAAAACUAUUACAAUAUUAUUUGAAGCAAGAGAUUUAGAUAGUGGUUUAAAACCAAACCAACUCCCAACACUUUAUGGUAUUACACCAAUGCAAUCAAUUCAAAGUAUACCAACUAUUGUUUUUAUGAAUGAUACAAAUGUUAAAUAUAAAUCAACUAUUGAAUUUCCAAUUAGCUUUGCUAAUAUUUCAACUAUAUAUUUCUCAAUUUAUGGUUUCAUUAAUAAUGGUGGUCAUUUUAGUGGUUUCUCAUCAGACUAUAUCUCUAGACAUUUCAUAACAUCAGGUGUUGAUAUUGGUUUCACUAGAUAUUUAGCAAUAGAAUCAUCAAGUCAGAUAACAUCUGAAGGUGGUGAACUUUGGGUUAUUGGCAGAGAAUUUCAUUCAACUCUUUCAUUAAAAAUAAAUUAUUUAGAUGAAAAUUUAAUAGGUUUCUCUCAACAACAUUUAACACCAAUUAAAUCUUAUUCAACAGCUUUAUUAUUUGAUGGUAUAAAAAAAACAAAUCAAAAUUUUAUUAUAAAAUUAAUAGAUUUAAAUGGUAUUGAAUCAAAUGAAUAUUUAAUAAUACCAAUAAUUUUUAAUUAUUAUGAUGAUGAUGAUAAUAAUAAUAAUGAUAAUAAUAAUACAAGUAGUGAAUCACCAACCACAACACCAUCACCAACAACUCCAAUCAAUGAAACUACACCAACACCAUCACUACCAACAACAACACCAUUAGUAACAAAUCAACCACAACAAUGUAAAGGUACACCAUUAUGUGGUUCACCUAAAAAUGGAUAUUGUACAUCUAAUGGAUGUGUUUGUUUUUCACCAUAUACUGGAUUAGAUUGCUUAUCAAAGACAAUCGUAUUGGAUCAACCAAAAUUUAAUACAACUUAUCCAACUUCAGAAAUUCAAGUUAGUUUUGAACAACAACAACAAUCAUCAUCAUCAUCAUCGAAUUCACUUAAUGAAAAUUCAGUAUUUUUUAAAACUUUGAUUGCAGUUUCAUCAUUAAGAGAAAUGGAUAUUAAUAAUAAACCAAUUAAAACUUUUAAAUUUGGUAAAUGGAGUUAUUCAAAAAUUGAUUCAUCAAGUAGUAGAUACACAACAACAAUCAAUGUUAAAUCAUUGGAUGGCAAUACAACAACACAAACUCAAAUAGCUACAGUAUUACAAUGGUUUGAAAAUGAAACUACCAUUCAAUUUGCUAAUCAAAACAUUUCAAUGAAUCCAUCCACUACUAAAUUCACAAUUUCAAUCUCAAGUUAUCAAUUUGAAAAUCCAUUACAUAAUUUACAAUUAGUUAUGGAAGCUUCAAUUUCAACCACUCAAGAUGAUGAUAAAGUUUGUUCACUUAGAGAAUAUGGUGAAACUAGUUCAGGUGAUAAUUCAAAUUAUUUAAAAAUUAAAGUUGAUGAUGUCUCGCUAUAUGGUAGAUUCAUUAGAAGAGCGAUCGUUGAUACUUUUGUUAAAAGUGUUGAUAAUAUUUUAUUAGAUUCUUCUUUAAAUGCUCUUUCAAAUCCAAAUGAAUUACAAUCUUUUAUUGGUAUUACAAUUCCAUAUUUCAAUGAUAAUGUUAUAAUUGAUCCUGUUGAUGAUAAUUCAGUUUCAGAUGAAGAAGAUGCAAUUUGUAAAAAUAAAGAACCAUCAAUAUCAUCAACCCAACUAGCUGGUAUUAUUAUAGGUUGUGUUCUAUUUGCAAUUAUAAUUGUUGUUAUUUCAACCUAUUUUAUAAUUAAAAAAAGAAAAGAAUUAAAAGUUAAAUCUGAAAUUAAUAACAAAAUGAAGGAUUUUGUAAGUGAAAAUAAAUAG